CCAAUGAUUUUCCACAAGGGCAACAUAGAGUUUAUCCUGGAAUCCCUUCAAACGAGUUGUGAUCACGAUUAUGUGGAGUAUUUCCACAAAGUUCCCAACACAAAGCUUCUCUACACCUUUCGAGUUGUUAAAUUGGCGCCUACCUUCACCUUCGACGUCACAGUGAAAGUGUUAAAAACACAGCGAAUAUUCUACAAGAUGGAAAACGUCAACGGCUGCGACUUUCUCAACAAUCCGGUGCUUUUCAAGAUUUUCGGCGAAACCUACAAACAUCUGGUGGUCAAUGGCAGUUACUUUAAGUGUCCCAUCAAACCGAAAGUUUACUAUCUGAAAAAUGAGGGAACCGUGUCCUUAAUUCCUAGUAUGCAUCCACCUGGUCGCUUUCAGCUUUCGAUGCGAGUGAAAAUGGCUGAAAGUCGACGGCCGUUCGUCAUGGAAAUGUUGUGGAAGUACAAAAUUGUGCGCAUCAAAUAA